ACAAGAACCUCCCAAUUUCCUGGUAUUUUUGACCUGCAUCUCCCUUGAACGGAGCAUUUAAAAUCAGGCGGAACAGAAGGAAAAGCUCGUCCACCGCAAGUUUAUGUCGCAAGCAUUUAUUUCCUUUGCGAGAAACUGCAUCAGAUCAGGUACAAGAACCUUUCAUAAAAUGGCUGGAAAUGCUAACCAAGAAGGAAGUAAUGGGAAGAGAGGAGCUCUGAUAGUGAUUGAAGGGUGUGAUAGGACGGGGAAAACAACGCAAGCAGAAAUGCUGGUUGAAUCAAUAAAGAAAGAAGGCAAGCCUGCAAUAUACAUGAGGUUUCCAGAGAGAGGAACACAUAUUGGAGGUAUCAUCAGUAGUUACUUGUCAUGUGAAAAAGACUUAGAAGACCAUGCCAUACAUCUUCUCUUCUCUGCAAACAGAUGGGAAUUAUUGCCAAAGAUUUUAUCAGAACUGGAAAAUGGAACAUCAAUAAUUGUAGAUCGAUAUGCCUUUUCUGGUGUUGCCUUUUCUGCUGCAAAGAAGGACAUGAGUUUAGAGUGGUGUAAGAAGAGUGACGCUGGACUUCCAAGACCAGAUCAAGUGUUGUUUCUUGACUUAAAGCCAGAGGAAGCAAAGAGGCGAGGGCAGUUUGGAGCCGAACGUUAUGAAAAGGAAGAGUUUCAGAAACGCGUUUAUGAAAACUUCCAAUUACUGAAGGAUGACGUGUGGAAGGUUAUUGAUGCAAAUAAGAGUGUUGCAGAUUUACAGGAAGCUUUAAAGACUGAGGCAUUAAAAACCAUAGAAAAUGUUAUGGAACAAAAUGAUGAACUAAAGAAGCUUUGGGUCUAAAAGGCAUGAUCGUAAAUAUUCAGCAAUGUCUAAUUUUUUUGAGUAAGACAUUGACCUGAUGAUAAGGGCAUUUAUUCACUUUUUCCAACUGCAGUAGUUCAUUCACUUAAAAAAAAUUGUUAUAGUCUGUUUAAGUAAUUUGUUUUUUAAAUUAGUUUUGAUUUUAUUUGAAGUUAAAUGAUAUUCAAAAUGUGUGCUAACCUGUCCAUGUGGACCAGAAACUGUUGCUAUCCACUUUGUAAUGGCACAGCAAGUUUAACCUGAAUACAGACUUUGUUGUGUUUGCACACAUUUAUGAAGUCACAAUUACAUCAUUUACUGACCUGAAAUACAUAGUUCAUUGCUCUAAUAAAUCCCUUGAUGUAAUCCCAUUUAUGUAGACACCUUCGUCAGGUUGGGUCUUUGUGUAGGCUUCUAUAUCAAGGUAAUGAUGUCCUCGGGGGGUAACUUAAAUAUAUAUUGUUAGUAUUACUCUAAUUCAAAUUAUACAACUAAAUAGGAACUAUAUAAAAGAUUCAUAUACAUAACAGACUUCUACCAGAUGAUUUACAUCUAAGACCUAGAAAGCAUUUGAAGGGAUAAAGGUAAGUGUGGCAACCAUGACAAGAAUUCCUGAAUGCCAGAUAUGUGAUUUGCUUUUUGAUGUUAUAUCUUUAUCAGAAUAAUUUAAUUGAAGAGGUGUUGAUGAACUGAAAGCUUAGGUACACAAAGAUUAAUUACCUGCAGCUCCUGCCAAUUAGUAUUGUUGAUUCUGAGGAAGUAGGCAAAAGCUCUGUUGUGUUAGGUCCCAAAUGGUCUCUACAGAUUUUAACCUGUUGGAUCUGGGUGCCUUGCUCUCUGCCCAUGGCCCAAAAUCUGGGCAUCAGGCUUACUUGAGUGAUGACUUAUGGGUGUGUGGCUUGUUGGCCAAGGUGUCAAGACUCCUUGCCUAUAUUUUCAUCUGAAGUUCUGUAUCAAGAUGGUAGUCUUUAACAAUAACAACAACAAAAAAUAACAUUUUGUUAAUGUCAUUUUUAAGAUUUUUUUGUAAUACAUAUGACCAUCAGUACAUUCCACACUCAUUUAGCAAUGGAAAUAUUUCACUGAAAUUCUGGAUCUGGGUGCCUUGCUCCCUGAAUGUGGCCCACAAUCUGGGCAUCAGGCUUGCUUGAGUGGCAACUCUUGUGGUUGUCUCCCUAUAUUUUUCAGUUAGAAUUUUGUAUGAAGAUGGUAGUCUAUAAAAAUAACAAUAACAAUGAUAUUUUGUUAUGUGUCAUUUUUAAGAUAUUCUUUUGUAAUACAUAUGACCACCAGUACAUUCCACACUCAUCUACCAAUGGAAAUAAUGCAAGAGCUCCUUCCAAACUGCCCACUACAAUCCAAGAGGUUUGUGCACUCAUGGCAAGUCAUUUCCAUCACCCUGGCCUCCAGCCAAAAUUCUCUGGCAUAUUCCUGUCACCCUUACCCUCAGCAAUUUUCAUGACAGCAUAUUCAUGUACUGGGCUCUCAAACCAAAUUUUUUGACUGCAUAUUCAUGUCACCGUGCCCACAAACCAGAUUUUUCAUGACGGUUUAUUCUUGUUAUUGGGCCCUGAAACCACAUUUUCUCAAAACAUGAUGGUCACUUCUCCCAGAUCCAAGGGGUUUGAUAGCAUUUUAUUAAUCAGCUUUAUAAGUUUCAUUUUCAAUAGGCAGAUUUGUCUGCUCUGCCAUAAAUUUACCAGCACAGGUUUCAUAUGGUAAAUAAUAUUUAAUCUAAACCAAAAUCUGACUUAGAAAGUCUUUCCUCUUCCUCUUCCUCUUUCUCUUUUUCUCCUUUUCUCUUUCUCUUUCUCUUUCUCUUUCUC